CGGAAACUCGUAAAGAAAACUGACUGAACCAACGGUUCGGGCCUCCCGUAAAUCAAAUAGAGCUGCACGGUGCGCUUGGACCCUGUAGCGGAGACGAGUGUGUAAGCUGAGUUAGUCCUCUAUGGUAAACGGGCAAACGGGCAAAGCGAGCAUAGUGGGACGAUGUUUCAAUGCAAAACAGUGUGGAAUAAGAUGGCUCCGUUGGCUCGAGCCUCUUCAACUCUGUGUCGGCAAAGCGGGAAGAGAGAAGUGCUGAGGCAUGUCAGGAGGCCAGUGCUUGCUCACCAAGCCCUCAUGUCGUCGGGGGCAACAGGAGGAGGCAUGGAGAACACUUUAUAUGUUUUGCUGGUUGGAGCUACAUGUCUAGGAGGCGGAGUCUUUGUGUACCGCACCCUGUCAAGAGACAAAGCGAGGUAUGAUGACCGGCUCUCGGACAUCUCCAGCAGAUGGAGCGAACAGAGGGAGCAGGGACCUGCACAAGCAGAACCCCAGCAGGGGGCAGCAGAUCCAUCCAUAACGGAGUCUGUGGUGAAAGAAGUCAGUCCGGAAGCAUCAGAAACUGCUUUCAAGGUGCCCACGCUUGAAGUGGCUACAGAAGCUCCUGCUGUAGAAGCACCAGUAACUGGAGCACGUAUAACUGGAACAUGUUUAACUGACGCAGAGUCUGCAGACCCUUCGUCUCUGGGGGAGAGCGCAGAGCCUGGACUGGCAGCAUGGCAGAAUGUAACUGAAAGCGCCUCUGAUCCUCCACCUGCUUCAGCUAUGAGCCCUGUGGAACCUGCUCUCCCUGAAGUCCCUGAACACGCCCCCUACCUCCUGAUAGGUGGAGGCACUGCCUCAUUUGCAGCAGCUAGGUCCAUUCGCGCCCGUGAUCCUGGUGCCAGGGUGCUGAUAGUGACAGACGAAGCAGACCUGCCGUACAUGAGACCUCCCCUCUCUAAGGAGCUCUGGUUCUCUGAUGAUCCCAGUGUGACAGAAACACUGCGCUUCAAACAGUGGAAUGGCAAGGAGAGGAGUAUCUAUUUCCAGCCUCCAUCCUUCUACGUGAGCCCCAGGGAGCUGCAGACAGUGGAGAACGGAGGCGUGGCUGUGCUGAUGGACAGGAAGGUUACGCAUAUGGAUGUCAGGGGAAGUAAAGUGAAACUGAGUGAUGGUACAGAGAUUUCUUAUGACAAGUGCCUCAUUGCAACAGGUGGAGUUCCCAGGAAUCUGCAAGUAAUUGAGAGAGCAGGUGAGGAGGUUAAGAAGAGGACAACACUCUUUAGGAAGAUUGAGGAUUUCCGAGCCCUGGAGAAAGUGUCCCGUGAGCUGAAGUCCAUCACCAUCAUCGGGGGAGGAUUUCUGGGCAGUGAACUGGCCUGCGCACUGGGCAGGAGAUCUGCUGAUCUCGGCCUGGAGGUUGUCCAGAUGUUUCCGGAGAAAGGCAACAUGGGUAAAGUUCUACCAGAAUACCUGAGCAACUGGACCACAGAGAAAGUUAAAAAAGAGGGUGUGACUGUGCUCACGGACGCCGUGGUGAAGAAUGUGAGCUACAAGGAUGGAAAAGUGCAGAUCAGGAUGAAGGACGGGCGCGUGGUGAAGACAGACCACGUCGUGGCAGCGGUGGGUUUGGAGCCCAACGUUGAGCUGGCGCGGUCCGCCGGCCUGGAGGUCGACUCAGACUUUGGGGGCUAUCGGGUCAACGCUGAGCUGCAAGCACGCGCCAAUAUCUGGGUGGCAGGUGAUGCUGCGUGUUUCUAUGACAUUAAGCUGGGGAGAAGGCGUGUGGAGCACCAUGACCACGCCGUAGUGAGUGGCAGGCUGGCCGGAGAGAACAUGACCGGAGCUGACAAACCCUACUGGCACCAGUCUAUGUUCUGGAGUGACCUGGGCCCUGAUGUGGGCUAUGAGGCCAUUGGUAUAGUGGACAGCAACCUGCCCACUGUAGGAGUGUUUACUAAAGCCACAGCAAAGGACACUCCCAGAGCAGUGACUGAACUAUCAGGUACGGGUAUCCGCUCAGAAAGUGAGACUGAGGCAGUUGCCGGGGCAGUUGCCGGGGCAGUUGCUGGGGCAGCAGGCGCUCCUGCCCCUCCCCCACAGCAGAAGGAGGAUUAUGGGAAGGGUGUGAUCUUCUACCUGAGGGACAAGGUGGUGGUGGGAAUUGUGCUGUGGAACGUCUUCAACAGAAUGCCCAUCGCCAGGAAAAUCAUCAAAGAUGGAGAAGAGCAUGCUGAUCUGAAUGAGGUGGCGAAGCUGUUCAAUAUUCAUGAUGACUAAUCAGUAUUCACAAUGACUUAUCAAUAUUCAUGAAGAUUAAGCAACAUCAACACUCUGCCAGAGGAGCCUGGGAAAAUCUUUCUGCACGCAUUUACUGUUAUACUCUCUUUCACACUCUCUCUUUCUCACUCACACACUCAAACUCUCUCUCACACACUCACAAACUCUCUCUCCCUCCA